CACCCGUCCUCCGUCUCUGAGAUUACUUUCAGGCAUACACUCUACGUGUAUUAAUGGUGGCAAAAGGGGUUUAAUGAGCAUAAAUCCAAAGCCCCUAACAAACAAUUUUUCGUCUCCUGUCUGUGGUCAUCGUUGCCUUUUUCCUCUUAAAUUUCACUCCAAUUAAUUAACACCAGUACAAAUUUAGGAACACCAUGGAUGCACCAUGUACAAUCCUUAACCUCUUCUUUCACCAAAUCUUUGCUAAAUAUAGAGAUAGCUUUAAUCCACCCUACUACAACCAACAAACACCCCUCGCUGUUCAAAAUUUCCUAAUGCUAGAAAAAGAGCGAAUGGAGAGAAACGGUUAUGGUAUGCUGGCGGAAAACCCCAUCGCCGCGACGAAGGAAGGUGGCGACUUCACCGCUGCUCCUGCUGAAGUCAGCCGUCGGCGCAAGCCCGUGAUGAAGAAGGAUAAGUGUUUUAUUAAGAAGAAACGGAUGUCCGACAGUGACGAUGCCUAUGUUCCUCCUCCUCUCCCACCAAAUAUUACAGAGCGUGGGAGGUUAGCAUUUCUGUUCUACAAGAAGCUGCAUAAAAGUGAUGUUAACAGUAUCGGCAGAAUCGUAUUGCCAAAGAAACCAGCAGAGGCUCACCUUCCUGUGCUCUUAAAAAACGACAGUGUCAUUUUGCAAAUGAAUGACCUGAACACUGGGGAUGAAUGGUCAUUCAAGUUUAGGUACUGGCCAAAUAACCGCAGCCGCAUGUACGUGCUUGAGGGCACAGGGUCAUUCACCAAGAAGCAUGGACUGGAAGCGGAUGACUAUAUACUGCUAUACCAGGAUUUGGUGGAUCAAAACUAUUUGAUUCGGGCUAUUAGAAGUGGCUACGAAUAUGAGGAAUACAAAAAAGAAGCAACUGAAGUUGAGGGAAACAAGAAGGAUGAUGCUGAUUUGAUGAAUCAAGCUGUGGCUGGUGGGCUUGAGUUUAAUUAUAAUCUCCCUGACACUGACCAGCCUACCAACUUCCCAAACAUGGAUGGUGAUGGUGGUUGGAGUUUGAUGAAUGAUGACUGCGACAUCUACUUUAAUGAGAUCAUCAACUCAUUCAGUAGUUCAUGGGAUGAUGAAUUCAUGUACCCACCACCGAUUCAACAGAUUACUUCUUUUGAAAACCUGUCCAGUGAGGAUCUCUCCCAGGUAUAAAUGCAUCUGCAACCCAACGUACUAAAAUAAUCAAUCAGCAU